CAGCACACACUGCGUAUACGUUACUCUAUAUAAAGUGCAAACAGCUGCGAUGUUUGGCAUUCAUUGUUUGCACAAGGGAAGCUAAAGCUCGUUGCGGCCAAAACUUAAUUCCCACCAGGACUUCCAAUUAACAUAAUAUUUGCCUUUGGCACGUGUGUACAUGUGUGCGUGUGUGUGUGAACCCUGCUAAAUUGCAUAAUAAAUUAGCAUUAUUUAUAACUGUCCCGAGUUGUGUUAAGUGUUUUACCCAUUGAACCCUGCCUUGUGCGCUAAAGGAAACAUACAAAAUAAAUCAAAUAACGUUAAUAAACAAAACGAGCCACAAUCAUAAAUAUAAAUCUGCUGAAAAAUAAACAAACGUCGCAAAAACAAAAAAUAACAAAAAACCAAAAAAGUUUAUGAGAAAUAACAAAAAUACCAAAGAGAAGCGCGCGCCAAAAAGCGAAACGUAAAUUUGUGUUUAACUUUUUGUUUCGCUCGAUCUUUGUAUUAUUAUUUAUACGUUCGGGAUUUUCCUCUCCCGGCGGCGCUCUAACAUAAACUUAUAACAAACAGAAUUAAAAUGGAGGUGCAAAAUAUGCGGGAGCAACCGCUGCUGCAAAGCAACCGUCGCAUCCUUGAUUCCAGAUGUGCGCUAAACGAACUAUAUCCGAUCGCUCGUUUGACACACAAAUUGGAGGUGCUCAACAUGUCGUCGACAACGUCCUCUUCAACUACUGUAGAUAGGAAUCAGUCCUAUACCAUUGAAUUGAUCAAGCCCGAGGAUCAUGCGGCUGUACUCAGCAUGCUCAAGACAUUCUUCUUUAAGGAUGAACCUCUCAACACAUUUCUCAAUCUCGGCGAGUGCAGCGACCUUGAAAAGUAUUCAAUGAAGUCGCUUUCGGAUAAUUGCUCAUACAAAGCGGUUAAUAAGAGCGGCGAUAUUAUUGGCGUUUUCAUCAAUGGGCUUCUAAAGCGACCGGCUGCUACUGAUGCACCACCAGAGAAGGCUGCCGACGGCUGCUCGCAUCCCAAAUUCAAAAAGAUUCUGGGCCUCAUGGACCACGUGGAGGAGAAGUUCAACAUCUUUGACAUCUAUCCCAAUGAGGAACAAAUACUUGAUGGCAAAAUUCUCUCCGUAGACACCAAUUAUCGCGGCAUGGGCAUUGCGGGCAAGCUCACGGAACGCGCCUACGAAUUUAUGCUUGCCAAUCAAAUAUCCGUUUACCAUGUCAUGUGCACCAGCCACUAUUCCGCCGUUGUCAUGGAGAAAUUGGGCUUCCAUGAGGUCUUCAACAUGCAGUUCGCCGACUACAAAAAGGAUGGCGAGGUUGUCUUUAAGCCAGCAGCACCUCAUGUGGGCGUUCGUGUGUUGGUUAAGGAGCUCGGCAAGGAGGUGCCGAAAUCGUUAUUGUAAUUUUAUUAACAAUUAGCAGUAGUAGUAGUUGUAGUAGUUAUGCAUUAUAUAUGAUAUAUAUACUAUAUAUGCAAUUUAUAUGUAUAUGAAAUAUGUGAUUUUUUAGUUGGUAGUUCGGUGGCGGGUUCCCAAACAACAUUUCCGAUUAACAAAUCGUGUGAAUCGUGCGUUCAUUUUUCAUUCGUUAUGUACUUUCAAUUAAACAAUGUAGUAACAAAUACAAUAACAACAAAAAAGAAGAAAAACAAGUACAACCUAUACAUAUAAAUAUUAAUGUAAUUAAAUUCACUCGUCGACACGUUAUUUUAAGUGUUUUAAAAAUGUGCUCAAAGAUUGCUAAAUAAAAUAAAAAUAAAACAAGUUCUUAAAAUUAAUGCAGCUCCCAAGUUGUUGUUAAUACAAAUCCAAAUCUAUUCAUAGAAUAAGUAUUGAUAAUCUUACAUAACUUUGCAUUCAAAUUGAGUUCAAUGGACUGGGGAACAAAUUCCCAAUAACAACUGGAGUGAAUUCCCUUGGGAUAUUUUAAACUUGAGCGAUAAUCGAUAUGCAUAAAAUGACACUUCUAGCAGUUUAGAUAUCGAUCUGUUCGAUAUCUUAAGUUGCCGGGGAACUACUCGAAAUUAUUCAAGAAUUUCCCCUGACACAAUUCGAUAACUAAUAAAUAUUCAGGAGGAUUUCUCUGAAAUCCAAAUAAAAUAAAAAUGAUGGCAAAUAGAAUUACUCCAAUAAAUUUUGUAAAAAUAAUUGUCUAUUUAAAUUUACAUAUAUACAAAAGUUGUCAUAAUAAUUUAAAUUUUACUUGGCCGCCGUUCUGCCCAAGGGAUCAUUAGCCAGACGCACAACCAUCCUUCGAAUUUGCUCUUCGUUGCCAUACUUUUGUGCAUCGGCCACGACAGCUGCAUGAUGUGAGUUGGCUUCUGCUGAGACCUCGUCCCGUAUUUGCUUAUGAGUUUGAAACGAAAGCCUUUGCAAAUCAGUUAGUAAGUUAAUCAAAUAAAACAGUCGAGUUCAUGACUUACUUGACUGAGCUAAAUCCAAAGAUGGCGCCUGCGAUGCCCAAGGUGAUUAGGAACAAAGCAACCUUCCAGUUGGACACGCGAUUAAAGCCUUUAAUGCCAUAGUAUGGGCCAGGAUUAGGAUUAUAAUUGGGUUUGACUUCCCAUGGAUGAAUUGUUUCUCGAGCGCUUCUUCCCCCCGGAUUCCAUAGCAAACUAUCAUCGUAUUCCCUGCGGGAUGAGGGUUUCACUAACGUCUGAUAUGCCUCGGUGAUUUUAACAAAUCUAGCAGCGCCAUCUGGCUGUACAGCAGCGUGUUUAACAUCAGGAUGAUACUACAACAGAAUGAGUCUUAAUUAGUCCAAAAUGUCUAAACUGAAUAUAAAGUGCACUUGUUGCACCUGUUUGGAGAGUCGUAGAAACGCAUUGCGUAUGUCCCGUUUGCUGCAAUCAUGACUUAGAUUGAGUACAUCGUAGUGUGUUUCGGCCUUUUUGGCAUUCAACUUUGUCGUCUGUGCAAAACUGCGCAUAAAAUACAAUAAUAGAACAUAGUUUUUAUAUAACAAAAACUCAACAAUCGCUACCUACUUACGUCUGCUGGUCGCUUCCAUGGCGAGCGAAUAGCUCGGUAUCCGCAUCAUGUUAAGGCUCGACCCUGCUUUAUCCCCCGGUACAAUAGUGAACAGUGAUAAACAAAUAAUAAACACAAAUAAUUUCACUCCAUUUGUU